AUGGCCCAUUUCACGACAUUGGGUUUAGGGCUGCUGGCCUACAUUUUGCUCCGGAGCAUAUACCGGCCAUACUUCCAUCCGCUGAGAAAAAUUCCCGGGCCCAAACUGGCGGCCAUUACAUAUGCCUACGAGUUCUACUACAAUGUCAUCAAGCGGGGCAUGUAUAUCUGGGAGAUUGAACGGUUACACCAAGUAUAUGGACCUAUUAUCCGCAUCAAUCCCCGUGAGAUACACAUCAAAGACCCGGAUUACUACGAGGAGACAUUCCCCCGGGGCACCCGAAAACGCGAAAGAGAUGCUUCCUGGCUCGCUCAAUAUGGAGCAGACGGAUCGGCAUUCUCCAGUGUUAGCCCGGAGGCCCAUCGCGAGCGCCGCGCACCGUUGGAAAAGUUCUUCUCAAAGCGGGCCAUAUCAAAUAUGGAGAAUUUGAUCUAUGAGCGACUUGAUAAAAUUUGUUCUCAACUUCAAAAAGCCUAUUCUUCACACAACGUGGUCAACAUCGACGCUGGAUAUGCCGGGUUGACCGCCGACGUAAUCCACUCUUAUAUAUUUGGACACGACUUCGGAAACUUGGACCAAGAGGGUUUCAAUGCACAUGUGAGGGACAGCAUUAAUGGUAUUUUCACGGUGUGCCAUAUAAUGUACUUUUUCCCAUUCCUCUGGAAUAUUACGAACGCAUUGCCGACGGAUGUCCUACGCUGGUUGAGUCCCACUGUGGCGGCUCUUGUCGACCAGAAGAAUCGUAUGUAUCAAUUGAGUCUCGAUGCCAUUCAAGACCCCUCGAGUGCCAAGCAGAAUACCAUUCUCAGCACACUUGUUGGACCGAAAAUGCCGCAGCACCUACGCACGCCUGAGCGACUUAUGAACGAGGAGCUCAGUUUAGUAAAUGCUGGAACGGAGACGACUGCUCGAUCGCUUUCUCUUGCAACAUAUCACCUACUCUCAAGAGACAAUAUCCGGAACAAACUCCGCGAGGAGCUGAAGCAGUUCAUGCCCACGCCGAAUGUGCGACCGACUUGGAAUAAUUUAGAGAAAUUACCGUAUCUGUCCGCAGUCAUCACCGAGACCCUCCGUCUUUCAACAGGGCUCGCAAGUCGAUCUCCCAGGAUUGCUCCUACCGAGACACUUGUGUACAAAGACUACACCAUACCACCUGGCACCCCAGUCAGCCAAAUAAACAACUUCAUCCUCAUGGACCCCGACAUCUUCCCCGACCCACACGCCUUUGACCCAGAGCGAUGGAUCCGAGCCGCUGCCAACGGAGAGCGAUUAGAUCGGUAUCUCGUGAUUUUCUCACGGGGAAGUCGUAUAUGUCAGGGGUUGAACCUUGCCUAUGCGGAAUUAUUUAUAGUCCUUGCCACGCUGAUGCGACGCUUCGAUAUGGAGCUGUACGAGACAACAAAGAAGGAUGUUGAAUUUGUGCGCGAUUUUACGACGCCGUAUCCGGAGAGUGGGAACUUUAAGGUACAGGUUUUGGUCACUGGGGUUACCAAUGAGUGA